AUUUUUAAAUUAAUCAUGUUUAAAACUAUCAGUAUAAAUAAAAUAUAUUAUUUUUCUAUGAAAAAGAUAAGAUUAUUUAGUAAUUUUAUAAAAAUAGUAGAAGUCGGACCUCGAGAUGGAUUACAAAAUGAAAAAAAUAUUGUUCCAACUGAAAUUAAAGUUGAAUUUAUUAAUAAACUAUCAGAAAGUGGAUUAAAGAAUAUAGAAGUUACUAGUUUUGUGUCUCCAAAAUGGAUUCCACAAAUGGCAGAUAAUGCACAAGUAUUCCAAAAAAUUAAUAAAAAAAUGGAUAUUUCUUAUCCAGUAUUAAUACCAAAUAUAAAAGGCUUAAAAAAUGCUUUAAAAGUAGGUGUAAAAGAAAUAGCUAUCUUUGGAGCUGCAUCUGAAACUUUUUCAAGGAAAAAUACCAACUGCUCCAUUAAUGAUAAUAUGAAAAAUGCUAAAAUAAUUAUUGAAGAUGCAUUAAAACAUGAUAUUAAAGUCAGAGGUUAUAUAUCAUGUAUUGUUGAUUGUCCUUAUGAAGGUAAAAUUAAACCAAUAAUUGUAGCCAAUUUAACUGCAUUCAUGUUAGAAUGUGGAUGCUGUGAAAUUUCUUUGGGAGAUACUAUUGGAGUAGGUUCACCUAAUAAAAUAAAAAGUUUAUUAUAUGAAUUGAAACAUGUAUCAAAUGAUAUGAAUAAAUUUGCAAUUCAUUGUCAUGAUACAUAUGGGCAAGCUUUAGUUAAUAUUUAUGCUAGCCUUGAAUGUGGUAUAAGAACUUUUGAUUCAUCUGUUGCUGGUCUAGGAGGUUGUCCAUAUGCACUUGGAGCUUCUGGAAAUGUUGCUACAGAAGAUUUACUUUAUUUGUUACAUGAGCAAGGUUUGAAAACUGGAGUCAAUCUCAAUGAAAUAGUAAAAAUAGGAGAAUUUAUUAGUACUCAGCUUCAAAGAAAAAAUCAAUCUAAAACAGGUAUUGCAAUUCUUGCAAAAAAAUAUUUAAAAAAGGAUUUAUAAUUAUAUUUUUAUAAACAGAUUAAAAAACAUAAAUGAUAUAGCAAGAAAAUAUGAAUUUGUUGAAAAACAACUUAGAUUAUAAUGUAAAGAUUCUAUUUUAUACUUAUUAAAUUUUAAUUAUUUUUUAAAAACUUGCAUAUACAAUCCAUAAGAAUAUUAUAUAUGUAAUAUUAUGUAUAAUCAAACUCAUUAUGAUGUAUUCUUUUCUCAAGUAGUUAUACGUUUUCUGCGAUAUUAAGAAUAUACAUAUAAAGCCGACUUUAUUAAAAAAAAUAUAUUAUAAUACAACAUGACAACAGAAUGACAAACAAAAUAUUAUUCGCAUUGUAUAGAAUCUGUGUUACGAAAUAUUUGAUAAUUCUUGUAAUAUAGCCUGUGUAUCUAAUGUACUCAAAUCUAUCGAUCCCCGAGUAUCAAUUACAACUCCAGUUACCUAAAAAAUAAUAUAAAUAUUAAAAAAAGAAAU